GGAAAAUUAAUAAUUUGGAACGAAAUUAAGCGGCAUGCAAACACACGCUGGUUCACCGAGAGGACAGUCAAAUAAUGGAAUUAACUCGUCACCGAGCGAAGAGAAAAUGAAAGAACGAUCAAAGACUGCCGCCAGAUCAAGGAGAGAGAAAGAAAAUUGCGAAUUUGCGGAACUUGCAGCAAUGCUUCCACUGUCACCUGCUAUUACGUCACAGUUGGAUAAAGCAUCAAUCAUUAGACUCACUGCGAGCUACCUAAAGAUGCGUGUGAUUUUCCCAGACGAUCAUCUUCGUAUGCAUCGACCAGCCCACUACUGGCAAAGAACCAGAUAUCCGAACGGAAUUGAUUUAGAAAGAGAUCUUCUUGGUGCAUUGCUGUUGAAAAGUUUGGAUGGAUUUUUAUUUAUAUUGGGACCAGAUGGGAAAAUUAUUUAUAUUUCAGAAACUGCGUCAGUCAAUCUUGGACUUUCUCAGGUUGAAUUGACCGGAAACAGUAUAUACGAAUACAUAAAACCUGAAGAUCAGGACGAAAUAGCAGCAAUAUUGUCGACUCCACCACCCCCGUGUCCGAAUUCAGUGUUUCCACAAUUCUAUCCCGAAUAUGAAGUCCAACGUUCGUUCAUGAUGAGAAUGAAAUGUGUACUUGCCAAAAGAAAUUCAGGAUUAACAAGCGGGGGAUAUAAGGUUAUACACUGCAGCGGUUAUCUGAAAGUUCGGUACUCUGUUUGUGAACCUACUUUCAAUCAAUAUGAACCUACAAGAGUAGGGUAUUACCAAAAUAUCGGUUUGGUUGCUGUUGGACAAUCUUUACCGUCAACUUCAGUAACAGAAGUAGAACUGCACAACAAUAUGUUCAUGUUCAGAGCAAGCUUGGACAUGAAAUUAAUAUUCUUGGAUCAUAUAGUUUCGCAACUUCUUGGAUAUGAGCCGCAAGAUAUGGUAGAAAAAACAUUAUACCAAUAUGUUCACGCAAUGGAUAUGGCAGACCUGAGAGAAGCUCAUCAUAAAUUAUUGAUAAAGGGACAAGUGGAGACGAGAUAUUAUCGUAUCUUAACCCGUAACGGAGGAUGGGCGUGGGUCCAGAGUCGAAUCACGAUUGUGCAUAACAGUCGAUCGUCUCGACCACAUUGCAUUGUCAGCAUAAAUACUGUUAUCAGUCACCACGUGUCGAAUGAAGUGCUUUCGGAACAGCAGAUUCGACCAUCAACUGCGAUGGCAUACGCGGGAAAAUGUUCAGGGUCAAGUGAAUCACGAUAUUCCGGCAACGGGCGGAGCGCUAACGAAAAGAAACGUAAACACCAAUCCUCAGACGAAAAAUCAAAAAGUAAAAGAAGUCAGAAGGCGCAAAAUGAACAUAAACGAAUUUUACGGAGUAGUCAAGUAAUUACAGGAGAAGUUGUUUCUAAUACUGAAAAUACAAAUGGAUCAAAAAAUAACAGACGAAGCGCGAAUGAUGAGUGGGACAAAAAUAAGUCAACUUCUUCAGGAACUGGAGGCAAACAUUCUUAUUCCAACUAUCCAAGUUUUCAAAUCAACAAAAAGGCUGAUUCGAAAAGCAAGUCGUGCGCAGUGUCCGGCACUGAAAUGCCAGAAACUUGCAAAGCACCUAUUGUACCCCACAUCAAUACAAAAGACGAUGUAGCACAAAGUUUUUCAUUCAAUAGCAGAUUUGAACAUUAUAAUUCAUCGUCAAAACUAACAUCAUAUGAUUCCCAAAUCCCAGCAUCUCGGUCACAUGAGAGAGUAAGUUCGGAAAUGCAAUGUCUUCCUUAUAAUCCAUAUUACCCAAACGACCGACUUUACCCUCCUUCACAAAUAUGGCAAAAUCCAACAGAUCCACACAUACCUUGGACAUCGAGAGACUUUAUCAGUCCUGCCGAUACGCAGUUUCUUCGUGACCCGUGGCAGCAAAGUUAUUACGACCCAUCUUUUAGGUCAAUGAAUUCAUAUCCUUACUAUUACUCACAUUGGCCAGGCUUUGGCCACCAAACAAAGUAUUACAUGAACGACAGCAGUGGAAAAAAUUACAACGAUAGUUAUUUUGGAAGCAGCCAUUUUGAUCGUCAACACCACUAUGACGUUCAACAUUUUCGACAUCCCAGCAGGAGUUUCGAAUCUUCUUGCAAAUUUACAAGAAGCUUGUCUGCUACUAAUGGGUAUAGUGCAAGCUUAGCAAAUAUAAUUCACGGUAAAGAAUACAACGAUAUAGAUAGAUUUAACCUUUCACCUCGAAAUGGCGGAAGUAGAAAAGGAAAUUCAGAUACAAGAAGUGGGAGAUCAUCUACGCAAUCGCCUCUGACGUACAAGAAUUCUUCGAGCGGCCAUUCUACCAGAGACACUCCGGUUGAUUACAGCCGACAAACUAAUGCAAAUGGGUGUUUUGAGCACAGAACAGAUCAAAAUUCCGAAACCAGAUCUCAGAAUGGUUACCAAAAUACCAAAGACUUACCAAAUACCAAUCAGAUGAUUUCUCAUAAUGGUUCUUGCACAAUAACAAACGAAAUAAAUAUUUACGUAAAUAACGAGCAACAGAAUACGGGUUCGAAUCCUGCAUCAGUUCGUGUUGUGGCUAAAAACUAUUCUUCAGAUGCUGCAAAAGAUCACAGACAGUCUUCAGGCCCAAAUUCACAAGAAAAUGCAGUUCACGAUUCAAAUGAACAUUAUGAAAGUGUUCACAGUACUGCAAGUAAGCAUAGAAAACCAUACCAUUAUCAAAAUGGAUACGACCAUCAUCCCGAAUACGCAAGUAUGGCCGAAUACCAACCUUACCACUGUAUGAAUCCUCCUAUUCUUUCUAAGAAAAUUGAUACUUGUUAAUUGAAAAUUUCUAACUUUAAUAAUUUUUUACACAUGCUGUAACAAAAAUGAUCCAAACGCACCAGACUUGAAACCUAUUUCAAAUUUCCAGUAUCGGUUAACUCUGAAAGCCGAAGUACAGCACCAACUAGGAGAAAUUGAAAACGAGGUAAGACUUGAACUCAAGUUCAAAUAAGUGUAAUAAUUCCCUCCCAAAAUGGUAACAUGGUAACUCUCAAAUUCUGGUAAAUUUGGCACAUUUUUGGUAAAAGUAUAAAUUAAAAAACAAUCAUAUUAUAUGCAUUUAAAUUAAAAACCUUACUGCGAUAUUGUACAAUUUUUACUUUAAUUUUUAUAUAAUAUUAUA